UCAUUUCUUUGUUGGAGUCUAGGAAGCCUCAGAUCUCAGCAGAACCUUCUGUCUCCAAACUGUGGCUGCUGGAUAAGCUAGACAGAGAAACAAAUCCUCCCUUUAAGCCUUAUCCAACUCUUAUAGACAGAACAAUGGCUGUGACAACCAGAUUGACAUGGAAGGCGGAAAAGAGUCUGCAAAAGCUACUUGGACACGUUUCCUUGAGUCUUCUUUACAAAUCUAGUGUUCAUGGAUCUAGCAUUGAAAAUAUGCUUCAGAGAUGUGCUUAUCAGGGAUCCACUGUAACAAUGAUUUAUACUAAUAACAAUACUUUUGGAGCCUUUAUACUUGGGCAUUAUCCUAAUAUAGAGGAAGAAUCUGAAAACCCAGAUUCUUCCUUCUAUUUUUCAUUCAAAAAGGAUAACAGAAUUGAAGUACCAACUUUUCUUUUUAAUAGAGCACCUAAAAUUACUGAUGACAGUUUGUCGUUUUAUUCCUGUGAUCGUGUGCUUUUCUGUUUAGUGCCAAACUUUAAAAAAAUUCUUAUUGAUGGUCCUUUGAGAGAUAAGCAAUUUACAACUUCCAAGUUGCAUUUUGACUAUUUGGAAUGUGAAGUUUUUCGGGUUGAAGGAAUUAAGAAUGAUUCAGGCUACGUAAGGAGAAUAACAAGGGCCACACAGCACAGAGAGCACCUCCUGGCUGAACUAAGAGCCUACAAACCCAGCACAUGCUUGAUUCCAGAACUUCGUAUUCUCAUGCUGGGUCCAGUUGGGUCUGGAAAGUCUACUUUUAUCAAUUCAGUUAAAUCUGUUUUCCAAGGCCGUGUGAUUCGACAAGCCAUAGUGGGGUCUGAUAUCACCAGCAUUACUGAACAGUAUAGGAUAUAUUCCAUUAAAGAUGGAAAAGAUGGCAUAUCUCUGCCAUUUAUGUUAUGUGACUCAAUGGGGCUGGAUGAGAAAGAGGAAGCAGGAUUAUGCAUGGAUGACAUACCCCACAUUUUAAAAGGCUGCAUACCAGACAGAUAUCAGUUUAAUCCUGAAAAGCCAAUUACACCCAGUCAUUCCACCUUCAUCACCUCGCCCUCAUUGAAGGAGAGGAUUCACUGUGUGGUUUUUGUGUUAGAUGUCAACUCUGUCAACAAUCUUUCCUCUAAAAUGGUGCAGAAGUUAAAAAGAGCUCAUAAAGAUGUACUACACUAUGGUAUAGCACAUGUGGCUUUACUUACUAAAGUGGCUAAUUGGGAUGAAAUUCUUCAAGACGACUUUCUAAACAUGAAUAAAUCUGUGACUUACAAAAGCCAGAUAAUGCAUGUCAGCAAAAUGCUAAGCAUUCCUAUUUCUAACAUCUUGAUGGUUGGAAAUUAUGCUUCAGAGUAUGAGGUGAACCACUUAAAGGAUGUUUUGAUUCUGUCUAUGCUGAGGCAGAUGUUGAGGGCCACAGAUGACUUCUUAGACGAUUUGCCUCUUGAGUGAACAGAAGUGAAGACUGUGAAGAGAUGAAAUGCAGAAGAGGAUAAAUGGAACUAAAGAAGAGAGAGUUUUUCACUUACCUCUGGUUGAAAAUAUGAAUUGAAGUUAAAUGAGCAAAAAAUUUUUUAUGAACUUAUAUUUUAUUUC